AUGGAUGUUCAACAACAACAACAACAACAAGGUGGAGGUCAUGGACAUCAUCAUGGUGGACACCAUCACCACCACCACCAUCAUCAUCACCAUAAUCAGCAACAGCAACAGCAAUCAUUAAAACGACAGAUUAGAGGUGGUACAGAGAGUGACGACAUUCUCGAAGUGAUGCCAAUCGGUGCAGGUGCUGAAGUAGGUAGAUCUUGUGUACUCUUGAAAUACAAAGGAAAGACAAUCAUGUUUGACUGUGGUGUGCAUCCUGCAUUCUCUGGAAUGUCAUCUCUACCUUUCUUUGACGAGAUAUCCGAUGCAUCGAAAAUAGAUUUAUUAUUGGUCAGUCAGUAA